CAUUACUCCACGCCGGCCGCUUCCCUGCCAGUUGAAUCUCUCACUAUCGCAGCAUAAUGGUGCUCGAUCUGGACCUGUUUCGGACGGAUAAAGGAGGCGAUCCAGAAAUUGUAAGAGAGACGCAAAGGAAAAGAUUCAAAGAUGUGUCCCUGGUGGAUAAACUGGUUCAGACGGAUACAGAAUGGAGGAAGUGUCGCUUCACUGCUGAUAACCUCAACAAGGCAAAGAAUAUAUGCAGCAAGUCUGUUGGUGAAAAAAUGAAGAAAAAGGAGCCAGUUGGUGAUGAUGACACACUGCCACAGGAAUUUCAGAACUUGGAGACUAUAACAGCAGAAACAUUAGCGACAUUAACUGUGACUCAGAUUAAGAAGCUUCGGGUGUUGGUGGAUGACGCAAUUCAAAAAACUGAAAAUGAGAGGUUGAAGCUAGAGGCUGAGCGUUUUGAGUACCUGAGAGAGAUCGGCAACCUCCUGCACCCAUCUGUUCCUAUUAGCAAUGAUGAGGAUGCAGAUAACAAGGUUGAGUGCACCUGGGGUGACUGCACAGUACAGAAGAAGUACUCUCAUGUGGACCUAGUUGUCAUGGUGGAUGGAUAUGAAGGAGACAAAGGUGCUAUAGUAGCAGGCAGCAGAGGAUAUUUUUUAAAGGGUCCUUUAGUUUUCCUGGAACAAGCUUUGAUUAACUAUGCCCUGCGGAUUCUCUACAGCAAGAACUACACAAUGCUCUACACUCCAUUCUUCAUGAGAAAAGAGGUUAUGCAAGAAGUCGCUCAGCUUAGCCAGUUCGACGAUGAACUCUAUAAGGUGAUUGGAAAGGGCAGUGAACGGUCUGACGACACCUCUGUUGAUGAAAAAUAUUUGAUUGCCACUUCAGAACAACCAAUUGCAGCCUUUCUCAGAGAUGAGUGGCUUAAGCCGGAGGACUUGCCUAUCCGCUAUGCUGGCUUCUCUACGUGCUUUAGACAGGAAGUGGGUUCUCAUGGCCGAGACACCCGUGGCAUCUUCAGGGUUCACCAGUUUGAGAAGAUAGAACAGUUUGUGUAUGCCUCUCCACAUGACAACAAAUCAUGGGAGAUGUUUGAUGAGAUGAUUGGAACUGCAGAAAGCUUUUACCAGUCACUCGGAAUUCCCUACCGCAUUGUCAACAUUGUCUCGGGUUCUUUAAACCAUGCGGCCAGUAAGAAGCUGGAUCUGGAGGCUUGGUUUCCGGGCUCUCAGGCCUUUAGGGAGCUAGUGUCCUGCUCUAACUGCACAGACUAUCAGGCCCGUCGCUUGCGUAUCCGCUAUGGCCAGACAAAGAAAAUGAUGGACAAGGCUGAGUUUGUGCACAUGCUCAAUGCAACCAUGUGUGCCACUACCCGUGUAAUAUGUGCCAUUUUGGAAAAUUACCAAACAGAAGAUGGUAUUGUCAUUCCAGAGUCACUGAGGGAGUUUAUGCCACCAGGCCUAAAUGAAAUAAUCAAGUUUGUAAAGCCUGCGCCUAUUGACCAAGAGCUGUUAAAGAAACAGAAGAAACAACAAGAAGGAGGGAAGAAAAAAAAGAACCAGGCAGAAAACCCUGAUCUGCAAAACAAAGCCUAAAUGAAAUAAUCAAGUUUGUAAAGCCUGCGCCUAUUGACCAAGAGCUGUUAAAGAAACAGAAGAAACAACAAGAAGGAGGGAAGAAAAAAAAGAACCAGGCAGAAAACCCUGAUCUGCAAAACAAAGUAGAGAACAUGUCAAUCAACAACUCUUAGAUCUACUAUCCCACUCUGCUUUUAACAAUUGUUUUUCCACAAGGCAUCUAAUUUCCCUUUAACACUGUUCAGUCACAACAACACUCUACACAUAACAAAUUAUACGAAUGAAAUAGAAUCAAUUUAAUUAUUCUUUAAUGAAAACAUCAAUAAAUGCUUUAAUUAGAACAAUAUGCUAAUUUCAUUGUAAUACUGGUAUAGGGUGCACGACUGUCUUGUUAACAAAGCACAGAUGUGUGUUCAUAGACAAAAAUUCUCUAGUAGUGUGUCUAAGAUAUGAAUCAGAUAAAUAAUCUUGUAGUUUAUUACGUCAUAAUCUACAUUUAAUCCUGCAUGCUGUUCUUUGGUUGAGCUACAUUUGACAUGCCCCUCCAUCUUAUACCUUUCAUGCUUAAAAUGAAAUGCUUCCUGUUACGGUCAGCCAAUCAUGUAUGUACUAUUCUUGCUUGAAAUUAAUAGUGUGGCAUAUAAAAAUAAAUGAA